UUGCAAAAUAAAUUUUAAAAAAAAAAUUUGUAAGAUGAUAGUUGCAAGCAGAGUUUUCAUAGCAACAUUAAUUUUAGUAGCAGAGGCAAUAACCUUAGCUUCUUCUACCACUAAUUCAUCAGUGGUCACAUAUAUUUUUGGUGACUCGUUAACAGAAGUUGGUAACAACAAUCACCUUCAGUCUCUUGCUAGGUCUGAUUAUCCAUGGUAUGGGAUUGAUUUUACCGGAAAACAGGCGACCGGAAGGUUCACUAAUGGGAGAACUAUUGGCGAUAUAAUAUCCGAGAAGCUAGGGAUUCCAUCACCACCACCUUACCUUUCUCUAUCAAGCAAUAAUGCUGAUGCAUUGCUCAAAGGGGUUAAUUAUGCAUCCGGGGGAGCAGGAAUUCUUAAUGAGACUGGACUUUAUUUUAUUCAGAGAUUAUCCUUCGAUGAUCAGAUUGAUUACUUUGAGAAGACUAAAGAAGUAAUUAGGGCUAAGAUAGGAGAAAAUGCUGCAAAUAAGCAUUGCAAUGAAGCUCUUUACUUCAUUGGAAUUGGGAGUAAUGACUAUGUGAACAAUUUUUUACAGCCAUUUUUAGCAGAUGGUCAACAAUACACACAUGACGAAUUUGUGGAACUCUUAAUAUCCAAAUUGGAUCAACAACUUACGAGGCUAUACCAAUUGGGUGCAAGAAAGAUGGUAUUCCAUGGGCUUGGCCCUUUGGGAUGCAUUCCUUCGCAGAGAGUGAAAUCAAAGAAAAGGGGAUGCUUGAAGAGAGUGAACGAAUGGGUUUCAGAAUUUAAUUCCAAAGUGCAAAAACUAGUUACCACUUUAAACCAGCGACUUCCCAAUGCCAAGCUCUUGUUUGCAGAUACAUAUGGAGAUGUUUUAGAUUUGAUCGAUAACCCUACAGCUUACGGUUUCAAGGUCUCAAACACCUCUUGUUGCAAUGUAGACACAUCAGUAGGAGGAUUAUGUUUACCAAACUCAAAAUUAUGCAAAAAUCGCAGAGAGUAUGUGUUCUGGGACGCAUUUCAUCCUUCAGAUGCAGCUAAUCAAGUUCUUGCCGAAAAAUUCUUUUCACUUCUGUUUACAGAUAAACAGGCUGCUCCUCCCAUGUCUUAUCCUCCGAUCAUUGCACCAACCCCUUCUCAUUGAGUUACAGUCUCUAAACUAGUAUUAGAGCAAACACAAUUCCAAGAUAAAAAAAAAACUCAACAUAAAUGUAGGAUUUUAUACACUUCUAUUAUCUAUAGAUAUUUUACUUGAAAUGAAUGUCAAAUAGCAAAAUGUGGAGAUUAAGAAAUAGUUGUAAUACUAAUUGAAUAUCUUUAGCAUGUUAAUUGCGAAAUAUAGAGAUUAUGAGAUAAUUGUAAUAAUA